AAUGGUUCUACAAGACCCUGUAAAGAUGAAAGUACACUGUACCAUCUCUGAUCUGUUGCCAAAUUGCAUCUUGGCGACCUAUCAGCUUGCCAAUAGCCACCCAUCUAUCAAGCCAGACAGACCAACCAUAGCCAUCAGAGAGGAAACAAAAACACGCAACAUUCACCACGAUGCCCAACAUGUCACCUAUAGGAGCUUUAACCAAUAGGUUUUCUAACAUACGCGAUGGUUUGCAGAACCAAAUGGCAAAUAUGAAUUCACCAAGAUCCUCCAUGAAUCGUGGCGUCUCUAAAGAAAGGCAGCUUCGUAAAGUGGAGCUUCUGGUGAGGGACCCAGUUCUUUGGGCGGAGUUCAAGCGACGAGUGGCGGCAAGGAACCAUUUUUCCAAUGCUGGUGUGCAGUAUGUCCUUCACGAACUCUGCGAUGAGCUCAAUAUUCCUGGGCUGGACCUUAUUGAUGAUUCGUCCAGCAUCCAGACGGCGAAAAGCACGCAAUCAAACAGGAGAGCCUCUUUUACAGGUUCCAACAAGGCCGGAAAUGACAAUGUCCCCACCAAGAAUCGCUUUGGCUUGUUACGCACACUCCGUAUGGGGACCCGGGAACCUCCAACUCCUGAGGUUUCCUAUAGUCACAGUCCUCGUUCACAUUUCAAUAAGGUGCCUUGUCCUGAGAGCCCAGGGUCCCAGCUGAACCUGUCGCCAACCAAAACGCCAUUGACACCCAUGUCGGCUACUACGGCAUCCACAGCCGCCACCAUGACUCCAGCUAGCGAUGUUACCUUGCCAAAGGAAAUCCGUGCUAGAGGCCCGGUUCUAGACUUCCUGGAACAGCCCAACUUUUAGACAACAUUGUUCCUUCACAUGACAAGACAGCAAAUCAAGAGAUCAACCUUCCAACUUCACCACAUCUUCGUUAAAAGCACCCGGCAGCAUCCAAUGAGCAAUCGUCAUGGCACAUUCCUGUGACCAUUGUGACAAGUGCGUGGCUCAUACAUAUAUAGAUUCUUCAUAGCUAACUUGAGUAGAUCAUAUCAAUAGCAUG